UUCUUCAAAAGACUCAAAUCCCAUAGUUCCGGCUGCUCAAGCUUGUGCCGCAAAUAAACAUUAUCUGAGAAAAUCAGCUUAACUUCUGUGGCAAAAAUGUCUUUCAAGCGGGAGGGAGAUGACCCCAGUCAACUAAAUAUCCUUAAGAAGCGUCGUGUGGCAGAUCUUUUAUCAAACUUUAUUCCCGAGGAUGAAGCUGCCCUUAUGAAAAACGGAAGGUACACUUGUUUAGUGUGUUCCUACCGGCCUGUUUUUGACACUGUCGACAUGCUGACAGUUCACCGAAAGGGAAAGAGACAUCUUGAAGGGCUAAAGUGGUUUUAUGGGAAGAAGGAGAAGUUUCGGAACGAAAUUGAGAAACGGCGACAUCAUGCCUAUGUUCAGGCUGAGGAGCAAAAGAAGGAUGACAUUAGUCCGGCUCCUCUGCUUACUCAAACGCGUAAGAUUACCCAUCAUGCUUUGCUGAAGUCCACACCUUACAGUAGCUGCCACAAGAAGACUAGCACCAUGUCAGAAAAACAGUCAAGUUCUCAUCCAGACUGCAAAAGACUGUGUUACCCAAAGCAAGCCACUGAGGCAGCAGCAAGGAUCAGUGAGGAAUCGACCGCACUGCCCAGCAACUCCAGCAUAGCAGUGCCCCAGAAACACCAUUCACCUGCAAAGAAGAAACAGGUUAGCAAGAAAAUAUCCUGCUCCACAGGUGUCUCAGAGCCAGGAACCUUGUCAAUGGAGAGGCGUCGAGAGCUGGAGCACUAUCUCAAACUGAAAAGCUCAGGAUGGGUGCAGGAUAGGUGCGGGAACUGGGUUAAGGAUGACAACGUUGAAUUUGAUUCAGAUGAAGACCAGCCCGCUCCUCUUCUACCCAGCAGCAAGCAGCAAAAUCUCGAAGAACCAGAGAAACUUUGAUCUCACUGUGGACUCUGACCUCAGUCUUCUACCUUUAUUCCUGCUGUGUCAGUCUGCCAAAGAGCAGCUGGCAUAGUGGGUAGAUAGAUUACACACCUCAGCAAAUGACAUCAUCCAUCUUAGGAGCUUGAUUCCAACACGGUUGGAAUAUUGUGGUUCGCUGUAUAUGUCUGCUUGCAUAGCAUACUUCAUGUAACCUGGGGUCUAGUUCAGGCUCUACUGUAAUGGAGAGAAUGAAACUCAAGUUAUUUAGAUAUCUUUUUAUGUAUGCAAGUUACCAAAACCUGAAUGAAAAGUCUGAAAUCACUUUGGUCUGAAUAAUUGUUUAUCUAACAUUUAAAAAAUUGUUCUUUGCUUAAGUGAUGGAGGUCAAUCUCAAAAUGACACUGUCCUGCAAAAGAGACAUCAUUCAUUCAUUCAUUCAUUCAUUCUUACAUAUUCCUUCUGAGAAGGAAAAUACUGUUGUGAUGGAACAUCCCAGAAAACCAGCCUGGCUACAAACAGGAAGCCCACAGAGAAUUGCUGUGUCAGCUGAUGUCAGGUCAUCUGAUUUCAUGGUUUAACGGUGUGAGUGUCUUUGGCACGAGGUCAUUCUUUGUACCCAGUCUGUAAAAAUUCCAAACGUUAAACUAUGAGGAAAUGGAAGUUGUUGUAAAUUAGUGAAUGUGUUGUGUCAGUGUGUGUGUUUAAACAUACAGACUUCCUUCAACAUGAA